GAGAGCAGUACUUAGAUACCGAAGAGGGAGGAGGAAGAGGAAGGCCCAGUCAUGAGUCCAGGAGUCGUAGGACUAGCAGAGGAGCUAGUAGAGCCUGGAGAAAGGAGAGCACAGGGGGAAGGGCGCAGAAGCUGGGGAGCAAUCUGGUUUGGUUUUGAAGUUCUGUAACGUCUGUAACGUCUGAAAAGCAGGGCCCGCCAUACAUUCCAUUCUCAGAGGGCAUUGCUGCGUCUCGAAAUAGACUUGGAGGGCGGCCUAAAUGGCGCUUGCCGGAGCUAUCAAAGUAGCCACUAGCGGGAGGGCCGCUUUUGCGGCUUCUCAGGAUAGCGCACUUUCAAAGAAGUGGGAGCAAUGCCAACAACACCGUGCGGUUUACAUGGGGGCAAAGCCCUCAACAGCAAACCUUCUGAACAACUCAAUCAUUGGCGAAAAGUCGGCUCUUUCAGCGGGUAGACCUGUGGGGCCAGUCCAUCGCACUCGGAGGGAUGUUUGCAGAGCUGUCGCUGCGCAAGAUGUAAAGAGCGCGGAGAGUGAAACGGCCACUGGCGACAAGGUCAAAUACUCCUUCGUUGUGGCCAACGCCAAGUUCAUGCUGUGGGAGGAGGAGCACUUCGUGGAGCUGAUGAAGGAGCGGCUUCGCUACUACGAGGAGCAGAACCGGGAGCUCGACUUCUGGAUUGUCUACGAGCCCGAGUUCCUCCAGAACUUCCCCGACAUCACAAAGCGCCUCGGGCGCCCGGCCGUCGCGCUCGUCUCGAGGGACGCCACCUGGAUCACGUUCAUGAAGCUGCGACUCGACCGCGUGUUGAAGGGGGAGUUCGAAGCGUCUGCAAACGCUGCGGAAGCCUUGAAAGGAGAGACGCCAAAGGCCGACUUCAAGCGACCAGAGCCCUGGACCGCCCCGUACUCAAAGUACGAGGACAAGUGGUGGGAGCCGUUCCUGCCCAAGUAGAGCGCACGGGGGCUUUCCAUAAUUGACUGAGGUUCAGCUAACCCCAAAUGCUUUGCUGGGGGACGUUUUGCACGGAGGCUGGUCGAUGACGAGACAAUGAGCGGUCACACAGUCUGUAGUGAGUAAAGGAAGUUGUCAGGAUGUUCGGUUGUCCCCGCAGUAAGAACGAACGUAGAGACAGGUUCAGCUCACCGGCCAACCACUGUGAAGGCAGGCAUGCCAGCCUGCUGCAUAAGUUGUUGAGACUCGUCCGGCCUUAAUUUUGCAAUCACGAUGAGCGCUUGUCGUUUUUCGGCUUCAUUGACUCGGGUCGUUUAGCUUUAGACAUCCAUGCCUAAGGGCGCUGACCCGCGUCAUUGCUAGCCAUCCGGGCGCCGCCUGGGUGGCAUAGGCUCUCUAGAGACGCCCGUUCCGGACUCAGAGGUCAGGGCCCGCAGUAUCUUAUAUAUUGCAGGCUAGGCGGCCUGCCAGGAAUGCCCCUUUCUCCUGGACAGAGCUCCACGGCGUCGGUCAUGCUGGCCUAACCUCAAUACGAAUGGCAG